AUGCAGUUCUCAAAGGUUCUCUACGUCCUCUUCCCGGUCGCCGUCAUUGCGGCUCCGCUGCAGACUUUCAACGUCCCGACGAUGGACCCCAACACGGUCGCCCCCGAGGUUCCGGUCAUCGACCGUCGUGCUCCUCAGGCGCCCGGAAUCAUUCCCGCGGGAAUGAUGAAUUUCAAUGGCUAUUUAGCCCGCACCGACAUCCUAGAGGUCUCCAAUGCCACCAAGACCAUCGACUUGGAGGCGGGGAACCACCCCCGGCCCGUCCGAAUCAUCGGCCGGGAGGACCGAGACACAGUCCCGCCCCGUCUCCGACUCCGAAUGGUCCCCCACCCUGACCAUUCGCAGUGGUCCGUGCAGACCAGAACUGUUGUCUGGCACGCGGCAACCUCUGGCGGACCUCCACCAUUUGCGCAUUCGGCAGCUCCUCUGGCCAAGUUCUACCAAAAAGCUCUGGAGAUUUGGGGUCAUCGUGUCACCGAUAGAACUUUGAAGCAGCUCGCUUUUGUUGGUGAACACGCGAUAGCCGACUUACCUCUCGAAGGUAACGAGGUCUUCUUUGACGACUAUACCUGGUUCUCGGACCUCUACCGUCCUCGUGCAUAUUCCACGUCGACCAACGGUGACGCUCUUACCCACGACGAACUCAACGACGAGCCCGGCGACAACGAGCAACCCGCUCCUGCUACUCGCGAUCUCAUUAGACAGCUUCACAUCGACAACGAGCAGGACCCUCCUACCGACAUCGAGCGCAACAGCGAGAGCGAGUCCGAGGAAGAGAAGGAAGAGGAGGAGAGCACUACAUUUGUCGGCGAGGGCACGGAGGCGCACCGCGACGACAAGAACGGAAGCGAUCGCGACGACGAGGGCAAGCCUGACCCGGGUAACCCCUUUGGUGGCAACAACAAGCCUCGCUACCAGGACACCCAGUACGACGAGGACAAUUGCGACUUCGGUGCCGGAUACAGCACGGCCGACGAGGGCGACAACAACCAAGAUACCCGUCACGACGGUGCUGGUGACAACAAGACCUUCCAAGGAAAUCGUCACGGCGACGACUCCUCCGACGAUUCCAAGACUCUGGUCGAUUCUGCUUACGGCAGCGGCAGCAGCGGCAGCAGCGACAGCUCCGACGAUCCCUUCUACCUCGAGCGCCGCUACGCAUUCAUCCUCAUGGCUCCCUCCGGCCCCAAGGCCCAGCAGGCUACGGCCUCGGGCAAUGCCACCACGAACAACUCCACGCCCGCGCCUGCGGCUGCGGCUGAGUCCAAGAUCCCCAAGGGACCUCACCCGGGCCACAUGCAGGUGUCGUGCCAGUACACCAGCGAACAGCGCCUGAGACGCAUGCUCCGCGACAACAAGAGCGAUCCAGCUAGGGAGGAUAGCUACCGUCUGCAGGGCGUCCAGCUGCUCGAUAACGUUCGCACCGUUCUCCAUGUCCCGGUUAAGACGUUUGACACUGCUUGUGUCUACUACCACUGGUUCCGUCUGUCGUUCCGAGAUGCGGAGUACAACUACCAGGACGCUGCUAUGGCGUGCCUCUUCCUCGCCUGCAAGGUCGAGGACACUAUCAAGAAGUCAAAGGAGCUCUUGUGUGCCGCGUACAACAUUAAGAAUCCGGACCAUCCCACGACUCAAGAUGAUAAGAUGUUCGAGCAGCCGUCCAAGAUUGUCAUCGGUCUGGAGCGCUUGAUCCUCGAGACCAUCGGUUUUGACUUCCGUUGCCGCUACCCCCAGGGCAUCCUGCAGAAAGUCACCAAGAAGACCAUGGGCGCGGACGCCAAGGAGGUGUUCGUCACAGCCUUUGAUAUGAGCAUUGACCUGUACAAAACCUUUGCGCCCAUCAAGCAGCCGACCUUCGCCCUGGCCCUCGGUGUCCUUGAGCUCACCGCCCGCCUCCUCGGCACCGGCGUCGACAAGGUCGAGAAGAUCGACCUCGCCGAGUACCACACCACGCGCCAGAGCGUCGUCGAGACCAUGCUCGACCUCCUUGACCUCUACACCCAGCACGGCAAGUCCACCAAGCUCGGCAACCGUUUCGACCUCAACAAGUUCAUCGAAGUCAAGAUCGUCAUUAACAGUGAGGUCGACAACGACCCCAAGCUCGUGCGCUACGCCCACUGGUGCAACAACUGCGACGGCGGCGAGGAGGAGAACCUCUCCAACGGGGUCUCGGUCCUCAAGAACAUCAGCUUCUUUGGUAGCAACUCCGCUAAGCGCAACGGUCGCAGCCAGGACGGCACCAUGCGCUUCGUCUUCGACCCGGAGCAGGCCCGCCGCGAGCGCCGCGAGGUCGAGCCCUACUUCAAGGACGAGUACGAGGACUACGAGGUCGAGGUCGAGGUCCCCGUCGAGCCGGAGCGCCAGCAGAACAACCACGCCCACCGCGAGAACAAGCGUCACGACGCCGGAGGAGGCUGGGGCGGCGGCGGCGGCGGAGGUCGUCGUCACCACGAUCGUCGCAAGGGUCGCGGAUACUACUGA